CACUUCUCCACAUUUCCCAUUGCAAGUUUCCAACUUCUUCUUAACACACAAACACCUUCACUUUACCUCAUGCUUCAACUUUUGUUACAAGUCCUUUGAAUCUCCUCCACCCACAAUCUUAAAUUUAUCGGCAUUAUUAACCAAAUGCAUGGAAUUUAAAUAAACAAUCCCACUAUUUAUUUUUCCAAAAGUCCAAAUUCCUCGCAUUUUAAUACUAAGUACUUCGUAUAAACUUAUCAUCAUCAACUCACUCUGUUUUUCUCAUCCCCCGUUUUCAGUUCACUGUAUUUCCUGAUAAGAGCGUGACAAAAAUGACCAGCUCUUUCUAUGAACUGACGAAUAAUCACACAUUUCCGGCACCGGCGCUACAGCAGCGUUACUUUCAUCCACUCCCGAAGCCCGCUGCUUCAACGAGGAAGAUAAACAUGGACAUGUGCACAGAGUGCUUAGGGAACGAAAAUGGCGCCAGAAUUUGCGAAAGCCUCGACGAAUUAUUCUUGCUGCUAGCGGAGAACGAUAAAAAGCCGCGUCCGGCGAGAUUAGCUUCCUCAAACGGCCGGAAUAUCAAGAAGUUGAACCGAACCGGGAGCUUCCCGCCUCCCCUGUCUUCCGUCAGCGGCUGCGGUGGAAUCAAGGUGAAGCCCCGCCGCGAAGGCGGCCGUUUGAUUAUUACGGCCGCAACCACUUGCAGCCCUCUCUUUCAUACGGAAAGGGCCGACGGGCGGCUCAGGCUGUCAUUGCGAAAGGCAGGGGAUUAUGGAUGUUAUAAUAACAAUACUAAUGAUGUUCUUGAUGAUGAAAAUGAGGAAGAUGACUAUGAAGUUGAAGAAAAAGUAGAGGGUGGGGAAGAUAAGGAUGUCCCUGCCGGCAGCGACGAGGUUGUUCCAAAAGGAAAACCGGCGGCGGCGGGAAGUAGGUGCAUGGAGAGUGAGCAGAGCAGUGAGAUGCAGAGCUGGACGGGACAUACGUCGUUCUGUUACGUGGCAAUUUCUUGAAAUGUUAGUUUAUGGGGUUGACCGUAUUGGUGGGUCCCCAUGUGGACUAAGACUCCUAAGAGCACGAAUGCAUUAGGUAUUAAUAAUUUAAUAUAUGUUGUGUUGUAAUUUUUUCGAUCAAAAUAAUCAUUAGAUUAUGUCAUCAUUUAUCAGUACGCUUUAGAUUUAAUUAAUCACGCCUCCUCUAUUAAGCCUCCUUAAAUUAAGGAUUUAAGGAGGCUUCUUUAUUCAUGAACUAUGUAGUACCAAGUAAUAAUAUUGUAAUAGUGGGUACUGUGUGUAUUCAGUCAUUAGUUAGACUUUAAAAAGUGUGAU